CAAAUGAACAGACAAUCGGGAGUAUUCUGGUUUGUUCAUCGGUUCAUACUGCACUCAUGCUGAAAUCACUGUGGCCCCGAAGAUGAUGAAAGGACCACGAACAACUGGUGCAAGUUGAAAAGGGUUCCCACACAAGUGAACAUAUCUUUCAUGUUCAAAUGCAUUUAGUCUUCAACCGAUCUCUGCUAGUCGCCAUCAGCUUGUGGUUUUCUCUGAAUAUGCAUGUUUCAGAGCUAGCAGGAUCGAACAUUCAAGAAGGACUGCGACUCUACAUGACAGAGGAAGCUCGCCCAGGAACAGUUAUUGCUUCUGGCGCACAACUUGGGCUGGCGUUCUUAAGCUCAGAUGCUCACGUACCCAGAAUAAUUAACCAGAAGGAUCCCGGUGUUUCAAGUCUUUCAUUUCGUUUUGGCAACACAAAUGACCAGUCUGGAUCAAGGAUGCACAAUUUACAGCUGGUUGUUGAGGACCGUGUUGAUCGAGAGUCUAUCUGUCCAUCCUCAUCCACAGGAACAGCUGUCAAUUCCGCUCCAGGCGAUGGACACGUUUCUAGUGAUUUUCAUAUUGACACAGUUGGCUACUCUCUGCAAAAUCCUUUGCAAAUAGCAAAUCUUGGCUCUGAAGACUCCAGGUCGCCGUCGCGUCUUAAUGACGACUGCACCAUUCCACUUCGGGUAGCGACAAACGUCGAUGGUGUACAGGCCAUUCAUCAGAUCUUCGUUAAUGUGCAAGAUAUCAAUGAUAACCCACCAACUUGGUCAGAGAGAUCGAUUUCAAUAUUAUUCAGAGAUGGUGACCCUGCUGGGACAAAACAGCCUCUACCUCUCGCGACGGACCCAGAUUUUGGGUUGAAUGCAGUGGUUACUUAUCGGUUAAGAGAUGCAGCUGAAAAUAAUCAUUUACCUCAAGGAUACCCAACACAAAACGGAUUCACUAGGUUAAGAGGAACUGAAGUAUUUGAACUUCACAAAGAAUCUUCUGGAACGGGGUUCAUUCGAAAUAGAUUGUUUCUUGUGACAAAACAAGAAACGGAUCGGGAGGCACGACCUCAAGGAUGGAAUCUCAUUUUGAUUGCCGCCAAUAUCGAAGGUUCGCCAAUACUUUCAAGCCAGUUAAUGAUUCAUGUAAAUAUUACCGAUAUAAAUGAUAACGGUCCACAAUUUUCACAGUCUGUCUAUCAGCCAGUAUUGAACAAUCAGAAGGUUGGCGUUAUCCCCGAAACUGUCGGUGUGGGUCAAAUUCUCCUUCGGGUUUACGCAACCGAUGCAGACGAGGGGGUGAAUGCGGCUAUUAAGUAUAACUUCGCACCUGGACCCCAGUUGCCAUUAAUCAAACACUUUUUUGAACUAACACAAGAUGGAGAACUCAGAGUACGUCAAAAACUGGACGUAGAUAAACCAAAUGCAGGUGGUGACUCAACUCAUGGCUUCUAUCUUCCAACUACACCCAUGGUAUUCGAAAUUCAAGCUGUUGAUGGUGCUGAUCCUGCUUACGCGAGAACAGGAUAUGCAACGGUGAAACUAACGGUGGAAGACGUGGAUGAUGAGCCACCGUCGAUUCGCGUGCACCCCGUUCGUCCGUGGAACGGACAACUGCGUACCAACGAUGGAUCUCAUACCGAGGCCGAACUAUCUGUAGUGGAAAACGAGCCAGCUGGACAGUUGAUUGCAUUGGUUGAGGUCAGUGACCCCGAUAGCCAAGGAAGAGAAAUAAUUCGAUGCAGCCUUAUUGGUAAAUCACAAUCACUCUUCCGUCUUGCCCAACAAGACGUGGUUGGCAAUGAGUAUCAGGUUCAUACAACUAGUAAGCUAGAUCGCGAACAAACUUCGCGGCUACUUCUGACGAUCGAGUGUAGAGAUUUGGUGGAACACGUUGCUUCCACUACGGUAGGCAUUAAUGUAUUAGAUGUCAAUGAUAAUGCACCAAAAUUUCAAGAAACCCUGUAUCAGUUUUCACUUCUGGAAGAUGAUGGCGAACAGACAUUGCAAGAAUACACAUCACGUAACCGUAGCUGGCUUUCGGCUACCGGCCGUGUAUUCGUUCGUGCCACAGAUGAAGAUGAAGGUCCGAACAGUCGAAUUAAUUAUGCAUUAAAACACAGCGACGACAACUCGCCUGAUAAUAGAUUCUCUAUCGAUGCUGAAACAGGGCAGUUGUUCGCUCUCGGGCCAUUCGACCGUGAACAGGAAAGAAAACACCGGCUUGUCGUUGUGGCAACGGACAAUGGAGAACCGAAGUUAACAGGCUUGUGCACUGUUGAAGUGAUUGUGAUGGACGUAAAUGAUAAUGCACCAUUUUUUCCGCAACAGCGCACGAGCACAGGGGGAUAUUCAUUCUCAGUUCUGGAGAAUCAGUUGCCAGGCACACGCAUUGGACAAGUGGAGGCAUUUGAUGCAGACCAGAUUUCGUCCACCUUGUUGGCCUCGGAAAUGCUAGAUGCGACCAAUGGAGGAAGUGGAUUGUCCAUUAAGGUGAAGGAUCAAACAAAUUCUGAGAAGCUUACUUUCGGUUUGAAGAAUGAAACAGACGCGCAAGCAUUCUGGAUCGAUCCAAAGUCAGGAGUUCUGAUAACUCGCGCUAUUUUGGAUCGCGAAAAGCAAGCGGCCUAUACUUUCCACGUAACUGUUCGAGAUGGACCAGCCAACAAUAACAACAGCGUGCAAAGACCUAUUUUGCAACUCGGUGGACACUUGUUGCCAUCUGCCACCCGGGUGCAUGAAGUCAUGAUCCUGGUAACGGUCACAGUAGAAGACGAAAAUGACAACGACCCAAUAUUCAAGAAACCAAAUUCAACUAAUCACAUGGUAUUACUGGAUCCCUCUGCCAUUCCCGGACAGUCACUACUGCAGUUACAGGCUGUUGACCCGGAUGAAGGCAUCAAUGGCUUGGUCACCUAUGCUAUUCGUGGGGGGAAUGCUGGAAAUCUAUUCAAUGUUGAUCCACGAACUGGACUCUUGUAUCUUGAGAACCAACUUCCUAGGAGGGCCGUCGCUGAAGCAACAGCUGCUUCAUCUGCAAGUGCGUCUCAAAAACUGAGGGAACAAUCGGCCAGUGAGAGUGAUCCAUCUGCGCAGUCACGAAAUAGUCACGUUCCAACACACCCAACGUAUCUUCUGGCGCUUGAAGCAUGCGAUCAGGGCGAACCAAGAAGAUGCUCACAUUUUCCAAACCUACAAAUACAACUUCGAGUUCCAAACGAUCUCGGUAUGUCGCAGACAGAUGGACAACUUCUACUAUCACAUGCAGCCGCCUCAAAUCAACUCCUAAUGGGUCAUUCUUCGGCAGACAGUGAUUCAUUUCUCAAUGCCAGAUUUGAGAGGGAGAAGAGAAUGGGAAGCCUGUCAACAGCAGAAAUCGUCAUCAUUACUCUUUCAGCGUUCUUCUCCAUGCUUAUCAUUGCGGUUGUCGUAACUAUCUGCAUAAUUCGACACCGGACCCACAGAGUUAUGACCAAUCAAAAAGUGAAAGAUCCAAGAACUUUGAAAAUCUCCGACCCAAAUACCGGCAAUACAGUUGAAAUGGUUGAUCAAGGAAAAUUGCCGUGCUCAAUUUCAACCAAGUGCUCACCUUUGUGUGCGAACAAACAAUUCAUCAACCGAGGGCUGAAUGGAGGCAUAUCUCUUAUCAACAAUUCCGCUAUACAUGAGUUUGGAACCAUUCCGGGAACGGGAUUUCACGUACCUUGUCCAGGAACUUCACCGAGCACUGGACUGACAGGACCUUUGAAUGUGUUCGUCACAAAUGGAUCACAACAACCAACCCGAAGCAUUUCAGGACUUGUGGGACGCGGUUCCGAAUUCGACCUUCUUAGCGGUGGUUUGCCGGCUGCCACACUACCACAUGACUAUCAGGCGUUGCAAGGUUGGACUGACGUUGAUGAAAAUCGAUACUGUCUGAGUCCAUUGGAAGUGUACCCAAAUCGUGGAAUGGAACCAUCACGUUACUACUAUACACAACGCGCUGAAUUACGAAGACCAGAUAAAACAGAAUGGGAACGGUACGACGGCUCCGCGUUAGAAAGUGAGAAACCCCAGAUGGAUGAAGCCAGCGUGGAGUUACUCGAUUCCAGAGAGACCAGUCAACCUUCAGCAGAUUCGGCACUGAAGAUUAGCCCCAGUUCAGGUGCAAAAACUUUCAGCCCUCGUACACAGAAAAGGGCUAGUAAACCACAUAUGAACUUGUACGGUGGAUUUCCAAAAUCUACCUUCGUCUAGUCACCAGACCCGUAGGUGAACGGUACCACGCGGGUGAAAAUCUCAAAAAGCAUUCCAGUUAUUUUGCUUCUGAUCUGUUUGCAACGUUUUUUUCGGGACACGUUGUCCAAAAGGAGGUAUUUAGACAUUUAAGUCGCCAGCUAGUCUCACACUGGUAAAGUGGACAACAUUUUUCAUGAUAUUUGUGGAUAUCUUUUCAUAAAUUGUUUGGAACCA